CCCAACUAAGGCAAGGAUUCAUUCGCUAUUACUCAAACUGCAAAAACACCUUAAAAUAAGAUUCAAGCAUGCAAGUUCUUUAUUUAAAUUCAAGGAGACAAAACCUAACCAAUGUUAGGGUUCCUUCCAACUACCACAUCUUUUGCGUCUUAAUGUUGGACGAUUUCCCUUAAGUUUCGGUCCAAAUCAAAACCCCUUUAAAAUUGAGGCUUUCCUUGCCAAAAUGGAGUGUUAAGUAUUAACCGGUUUUGCAAUCAUUCGGUGAAGGCUCAGGAUUUCGAGAGUGCUUGAAACACCGCCUAUGGAACCACAUUUCACCUUCUUUUCUCUUCUCUUUGUCGCGAACCAAAUAUUGUAACAUUGGUUAGUCAUAAUCAUCAGAUUGUCUCGGCAAAAAGUUGUUGCAAAGGGAUCUGAUUUUAGGAGCUUCUCUAGGUUAUGUGACCUUCCUUGGUCGUAUUGAGUGACCUCUUCGGGAACCUCAAUCUGGAUAAUCCCCAAAGAUUUAUCAUCCUCUUCUUCAACCUCCUCUAUUUCCUCUAGAUUGAUGUCUUCCCCCUUUUAAGAUUCAAGCUCACCCUCUUCAUCACUUUCUUCUUCUUCUUCAUCCUCCACGACCUCAUCAUUGCACCCUUCUUUUAAGUCUUCUUCUUGUUGAGUAUGGUAAAAAAUGGGGUCACGAGCAAGAUCUUCACUAGGUAGGCAAUCGUGCUCUUCUUGCUCUUCCACCACUUCUAGUCCUUAUUCCUCCUAUUCAUCUCCAAAUUUUACAUUGAAACAACCCAUAGGAAGAUUAGGGUCACUAGUGUCGAUGCACUCGUACCCUAUAUUGAAGCGCUCCAGUGCCACAUUGUUGUGCUCUUCAUUUUCGUUGGUAGUCUGUGAUAAAGCAUGACAUUGCUAGGCUCACCAACUUCUUUUUGAAUGCAUUCUUGAUCAAGGAAAAUACAGAAUUUCCUAAUAGAUACUCUUCGUUGGAGUAACUCUUCAGACUCCGCUAGAAGGUCGUGUGAUGUAGAUGGAGCAUUGCACUUCUCCAUUGUGGAUUUCAAUCUCUCACUCUUCAUCAAGAAGUCUUCCCAUUCCAACUCCAAGUUGAUUGUGGCCUUUGAGAGUGAUCGAUAUUUCUAAUCGUGGCAUGAAAGGUGGUCUUCUUGAUAAGUGGAGUGAAUUUCAUACCCUUGGAGGUAUGCUUGAUGAUUACGGAGAGGGGUUGGCCUCGACCUUGGAUACUCGAAUCCAAGACUUGCAUCAGUGCUUGAAACUCCGGGAUAACACUAAUUGGGCAGUUGGUGAUAUCCCCAAUAGUUGUGCCACCAUUCGGAUCCAUGUCUACAAACUAUAUAUACACACAAAAACAACCUAUAAAAGCAAAGAUGAGGAAAAAACCCAAAAAGCGAACAACUUAACAUAAGAUAACAUACUGAUGACCUGAUAUAUACACAUGUUUUUGUCCACCAUUCUUAUACCGUUUGAGCCUCAUUUCUCAUGUCUUAGGCCGAUUCCACGAUAGGUUGUUCUGGUUUGUGAUAUUUCAGGUCCUAGUACGUGAAUGGAGGUUUGGGAACGAGUUCAGGGUCGAUUGGACAAAGACUGGACGUUUGGCGAGAAGCUGGGAGACCACACGGCCAGACCUAAAAACCACACGGCCGUGUGGAAUCCUUUUGCGCGGGCAAAUUGCGUUGGCUGUGUAAUGGACCCUUUGUGGCCGUGUGGAAAUCACCGAGACCUUCACACGGGCAGGCCGAGAUUUCACAUGGCUGUGCAGUUCUGGCCGUGCAGCGUGUAUGAAGCCACUUAAGUGAAACGCCGCGUUUUGCACUUUCACACGGGCAGCUGGGAAAUCUACACGGCCGUGUAGUCGGGAAAUUCUGGGUUUUAACCCAAUUUCGGGUCUUUUGAAGAAAAAUCGAGUUUUGAGCAAAAAACAGAGUUUUAGAGAGAGAAAGUGUGAAAACAAACCCUAGGAGCUAUUUGGAGUGGAUCUCUCACCAUUGAAGCCUAGAUUGCAUCCCCAGGAGUGAAGAUCGACAUCCCAUAGAAGAUUAUCCCCAUCUUUAUGAGUAUGACUGCUCUGAUUUCUGUUUUUCUCUCUCUCUCUCUAUGGAGUAGAACCCUCUCUCACUUGGGUAUGAAGAACCCUAGUUCCAUGUGUUCGGAAUCUUGAUUGUAAUGACUUUGGAUUGAUAUGCUGAUUGAUUUUAAUCGAUUGAUGCAUGAUUCAUUGAGUCAAUUGAAGUCUGAUAAUCUUUUCUUGAUUUCUGCUGCAACCUAAGAUAGAUAGAAUAUGAUUAGGUUGUUAGAGCGUCAUCUAUCGGUAGUAGUAGAUUGGUUAUACGAGAGUUAAUCGAUUUACUGCUUUGUACUGGAAUCCAAUUCUAGUAGUGGAGUUCUGUGUUUAUUGCGUCAGCAGUCUAUCUUGGUGAAGGUUAGUCACCUGCCGGUUAGUUUGUCUGAGAGGGCUUGGUCAGCUUAAGAGAUUCCAAGCUACUGUUGGAUCUUCCGUAGUUUAAUCAACGGUAAAUCAACUAAGGGUAAGUACAACUUUUACCUAACUAAGGAGCUAGGGGGACUCAUUCCCGAGUGACUCUUCCCUUGCUAAAGAACUUCGAACCAUUUCCUGCUUUCUUACUACUUUUGCUUAAAUCACAAUCACUCGACUUAGUUUGCUAGAUAAUCACGGAGUAGGCAGUAGAUCUGGACCCCGGGUUGACAAAUAGAGCUUGCCACUUUACUGCAUUUCCGGACUGCGAUUACACUUGGUCGCAGUUUGGUGUUGUCUUUUAGCGUGUCAAGUUUUUGGCGCCGUUGCCGGGGACCCUCUAGGUUAUUGUGGAAAUGUGAAAGUCUGUUACUCUAGCUUUUUCUUUACUACAUUCUCUCUCUUCCACCUUUGUGCCUUCACGGGUUGUGUUUGCAUUCUGUGUGCAGGUAGUGCAUGACCCGGAGCCAGUCCGGUGAUUUACUGCCAUUAGACCAAGAGCUUGAACGGACUUGUAGGAACUUCAAGUGGGAUUUAAAGGCGCGACUGGCUGCGGAGGAGGCUCUAGCACAGCUGCAAAUAAAUCAGGAGGACGACAUGGGUGAGCCUCAAGACAAUGAUGUGAUUGUCCCCAAUGAGCACACCAUGGGGUAUUACUGGACCGCUAGAGCAGCAGACAUGAGGUCUCCCAUCCGGCACCCUCAAGUUCCUGCCAAUAACUUUGAGGUGAGCACCUCUGUCAUCACCAUGCUAUGCGGCUCGGUGGUAUUCCGUGACAAGGAGUGGGAGUGCCCCCGAUCACACCUGAGGCAAUUCCACGAGCUCAUUGAUGGGAUCAAGAUCAAUGGGGUCCCAGCCAAUGCCAUCCAGCUGAGGUACUUCCCAUUCACUUUGGAGGGGCAAGCCAAGGAGUGUAUGGACACCAGGCCCCCCGGAUCGAUCACCACGUUCGCCAACCUGGCGAACAAGUUCUUCACCCGCUACCAUCUUCCGUCGAAGAUGGCGGACCUGCAGAAGGAGAUCACCCACUUUUCCUAGGAUGAAGAUGAGACCAUUCAGAAUGCUUAGGAAAGAUACACCAGUCUUUUCCUCAAGUGUCCCAACCAUGAUUUUACUGACGCCUUCAAGGUGGGCACCUUCUACCAUCCUCUUCCCAGAAGACAAGUAGCUGAUUGACUCGGUUUGCGGCGAAAAUAUGCUUACCAAGAGACCGCCACAGCUGAAUCAACUCUUUGAAGAGAU